GACAGCCAUGGAGGAGGAGGAGGAGAGACCUGUGAGUGCUAUUGGUGGCGGCGCCAAGGCAACGAGAGCCGGGUGUUCCCCUCCCGGGAGGCACUUGACCUCUACGAGCGCGCCCUCGCCUUGGCCAACAGCCUCGAGGCACUGGGCGCUGCCAGCAGCAGCACGCCCGCGCCCGCGCCCACGCCCACGAGCUCUGCUACCGUGUCCACAGCCGCCGCGAGCAGCAGGACAACCAACCGAGGGAUACCAGUGUCGAGAAGGGCACAGCGGCGCUGCGGGCCGAACGAAGGCCACCGAUCGACUCAACAUCAUCGGUCCCUGCUCGAGACACUGGUCGUUGCCGCUUCCUUCCUUGCGCACUCUGCCUCGUCGCCGGAGCAGGACCCCUACUCGGAGAUCAUCCGCCUCGAGCAGAAGCAGCAGCUUGCCGAACGGUCCCGUCGCAAACGCUUCUCCUCCGCUGCUGCCUUACUUGACUCGCCCUUCCCGUCCAUCCUGCACCAGCUUUCGUCCGCAUUCCCCCUUCCCUCAUUGUCCUCCUUCUCCUCCUCUGCCUCGGCCCUGCAGCCGUCUCCUCCUCCGCAGCCACUCUUCACUUCAUCCCUCGUGCCGACUGUGCCGGUCGACGCGCGGCGGCGGCUGCUGCUGCUGGACGACGGCAGAGAAGAGGGCGGUGCCUGUGCGCCGGACGACGAGGGUGGUGUGGUGGAUGCUUCCGCCGCUGACCAACCGUUCCCCGCGCUAUUUGGCCGCAGCUGCUUGCGCAAGUGUGCCAGCGCAGCCGUGUGGCGAGCGUGCAUCGCGGAACGGCCUUUUCUCUCCAGGUUCACCCAUGGGUGGGUGCUGGCACGCGUGCUUCACGACGGUGUCGGUGUGCUGGAGAAGCAGAAAAAGUACGCCGAGGCAGCGGCGUGUCUACGGCUGCUGCUGAGCACGCCCUUCUGUCCGGGCAAGCGCGGGCACUGGUGGCAUCGGCUGUCCCUCAACGUGGAGCACAUGGGGCGCAAGAAGCACUCGCUCAUUCUCGCCGAAACCGCACUCAAUCACGACCAGCCGUCCCUCCGCCUGUGCGAUCAGCUCGUCCUCCAGAAGCGCGUCCUCAAGCUCGCCAAGCCGCCCUUGCGUUGGAACAAGCCUUCCUUCCUCACCCGCGCCGCCGCCGCCCCGCUCUCAUCUCCAUUUCCCGCCUUCUCCAUCGCCUCUCUCAAGAAGCCGCGCUCCACCACCAUCUACGGACGCCUCGUACGCGAGGAGGCCAAGCCAGGGAAGAAGUCUACGUUCGUGGGCCACGACGGGAGCCGCUGUACUGUCGAAGAGCUGGCGCUGCAGUACUACGCACAAGAGGGACGAGGCUGGGCGGGCAUGCAUUCGGAGAAUGGUAUCUUCAAGACGCUCUUUGGUCUCCUCAUGUGGGACGUCUUGUUUGCCGACGUGCCGGGGGUGUUCUUGACUCCCUUCCAAGUGGCGCCAAUGGACUUGGCAACAGACGCGUUCGCCACCAGCCGAAGAAGCCUGAUCGAGCAGCGACUCCAGGAGAUCCGCUCACAGUCCAUGCCCAAGCUCCUCGCAGAGGCGUGGAUCCACUAUGGGACGCAAUGCCUAGGGGUAGACUGGCGAUACAGCCUCCAACACCUACAGGUGGUGGCCUCCUGCAUUGGUGGAAAUGCACUUGCCAACAUAUUUCAGCUGCUUGCUGAGGAUUACAAGGGAUGGGGUCAUGGUCUUCCUGAUCUACUCCUGUGGAAUGAGGAUGGGACAGCCAAGCUGGUGGAGGUCAAAGGACCUCGAGACCAGCUGUCAGCCUACCAGCAAGUGUGGCUUGAUCAGCUUCUUGCUGUGGGGGUAGACUGUGAAGUGUGCUUUGUGCUGGAGCACAAAGGUCCCACAGGGCACAAGCGCAAGAGGCCCUCUCCUGAUGAUUGA